AUGGCAUCAACUUCAUAUUUACUUUCUCCUUCCACGAUUACAGGCGGGGGAGGCUCCACGACCCUCCCUGGGAAACAUUUCUGUGCAGAUUUAAGUUCUGUACUAAGCGUUGAUUUUAUUUGUUGCAAUUCCUUAGCUUUGCUUUCUGCUGAUGGGACUGAAGAAUGGUACGGUAUCUGCAAGUCAAAGUGUGGGUGA